CAGAACACAACUAAAAAUUCAUUUUGUCUGACCCAAAUCAGAGGGUGUCUGCGCCAUGGGCUUAUUACACAGUGCGCUUAAACUUGUGUUGUGGAGGAGGAUGGGGUAUUAUUAUCUUUGAGCUACCCACCCUGCUAUAAAAACUAGUGGUGCGACAUCUCCCCAGCGCAGAGCUGCUGCUGCCCUCCCUCCCUUCUUCCUCUCACUCACUCGCGGCUCGUGCCUCAUGAGCCACACACAACAAGGAGCGCUCAGUCGAAACUCUACAACCCUGAGACAGACCAAAACAAGCGGAGCACCUGCCUGCUGGAUACCCCCCUCUGGGCUCUACCUUCUGCUUUUUAUGAAUGAGACAUUGCUGUGUCCAGUGUGAGGAGCUUGUGAAUGGAGUGACCGUCUGCCGACACUGACUGACAGACAAAGACAGAAUCAGCUGGGUUUCAAUUAGACAAGGCGAUGGUGAGAGGUCAAACGGGGAGCAGCGGAGAAGCCUCCUAGAGGACUGGACUUACAGAGGCACGUGAGGGGAAUCAGCAAAGUCAAGGUGAGUGACGCUUCCAUAUUGACCGAGCCAUGGUGCACCACAGAGAGGAGGACUUGAUUGGGAUCCCCUUCCCGAACCACAGCACCGACGUCCUGUGCAGCCUGAACGAGCAGCGACGGGACGGGCUCCUGUGUGACGUGGUGCUCAUCGUACAGGACCAGGAAUACCGCACCCAUCGCUCCGUCCUGGCGGCCUGCAGUCAGUACUUCAAGAAACUCUUCACCGUGGCAACUACAGACGGGGUAGAGCCGCACCACGCCGCCGCCGUGUACGAAAUCGAUUUUGUGGCCCCGGAUUCCCUCACCGCCAUCCUGGACUUCGCCUACACCUCCACCCUGACCAUCACAGCCUCCAACGUCAAAGAGAUCCUCAACGCGGCGCAGAUGCUGGAGAUCCCGUGCAUCAUCAACGUGUGCCUGGAGAUCAUGGACAGCGGAGGUGGCGGAGUAAGAGAGGAGGAAGAGGAGGAGGAUGACGAGGAGGCAGAGGAGGAUGAGGAGGAGGACGAGGAGGAGGAAGAGGAGGACACGGGCUCGAGGAAAGACGAGCAGGAGGAAGAUGACGACGUGAGCGACCGGUCUGUGAGGUCAUCGGAGAGCCGGGGGGAGCAGACGCCAUCUGGGACAGGCUCCUCGCCGCCUCCCACCACCUCCUCCUACCAGCCCAACCCGCAGUCACCGCCGUCUCAGUCGCCGGACAACAUCACGGGCAAACAGGAGAGUCUAGAAAGCCGCACGUUGAAGGACUUUUCCAUUGAGUCUCUUCUUCAGGAGGGGCUGUACCCGCGCAUGCCCACACUGGACAGAAGGCCUCACCUCUCCCCUCUGCUGCCUGGCUUCUACCCGUCUGUUUGGGCUGCAGACUUUCCUGGCUUCUCACAGCAGUUCCUUGACCCCAGUCACCAUCCUCACACAGGACCCUCCCCUCAGGGCCGACUGCCCAGCACCUAUUCCGCUCCUGCGUCCCAUGACAGCACCCGCCCUCUGGACCUGGCCGUCAAACGAGAGAUCAUCAAAGAGGAGAUGAAGGAGGAAGUCCCGCCCACAGUGCUGCACGGGGACUACAUGAAAGAAUUUACUGGCCUCGGUAACAGCGCCAGCCCAGGGUCAGUGGCCGCAGAGGGGCAUGCUUUAGGUCAAAUUAAGGACGAGGCAGAUUUCCGAUCAUACCUGAACUUUCUGAGCUCUGCGUCUCACCUGGGGGCGCUGUUUCCCCCCUGGCAGCUGGAGGAGGAGAGGAAGAUGAAGCCCAAAGCUUCACAGCAGUGUCCAAUCUGCAACAAGGUCAUCCAGGGAGCAGGGAAACUGCCCCGGCACAUGAGGACACACACAGGAGAGAAGCCGUACAUGUGCACUAUCUGUGAAGUCCGCUUCACCAGACAGGACAAAUUAAAGAUCCACAUGAGGAAGCACACAGGUGAACGUCCCUACAUCUGCCUCCACUGUAACUCAAAGUUUGUCCACAACUAUGACCUGAAGAACCACUUGCGCAUACACACGGGAGUCCGGCCAUACCAGUGCGAACACUGUUACAAAAGCUUCACUCGCUCAGAUCACCUGCACCGACACAUCAAGAGGCAAAGCUGCCGCGUGUCCCGCCCCAGACGGGGGCGCAAGCCAGCUGCCUGGAGGUCCACAACACCCAGCAACUUCCUGUGUCCCCCGUCAAACCCCAUCAACCGCUUUGAAGAGAACAGUUUAAGCUCCGCGUACCAAGCGGUCAAGACUCACGGACUGGGGGAGAUGCUGGGUCUGGGCAUCAGGGGUCUGGGUUUGAAAGGAACUGACCAAGAGGCUCGGGACCACGUGAGAGCAGAGGGCAAACCCGUGAGUCCAGAGGAGCACAAGUCCAGAAUGGGCCGUCAGAACGGCAUGUUUGCCUUCACCAUCUCUGGAGAAGACAUGCUUCCUCACUCUCAGUUCUACAGUGCACCCACUGACCCCUGGGCCAUGGGCCUGGACCGGGCUCCUCCCAUUUCUGAGCCGGCCAAGUGAAAAUGUAAAUCUGCUCUCUGAAGCUGAAGCACCUUUUAAAAACAGAGUAAUGAUGACCAAGAAAAUUUGAAAACCUGCUGCCAAGACCUCGGUGACAUAUUUGAAUGAAAAUAAAACAGUUCACUUUAUGCUUUAGAAAAUGUCACCAAUAAAUGCAUCUGAGCUACAUCAAGUCAAAAUGCAGGAGUGUGACUAAAGACGUGGAGACAUAUGCCAAAAACAAGACUUUGCACCUAUGCAGUGUAAGUGCUAGAAGGGAAGUUCCAGUGAGAAUUUUAAACAUUGAAUGUAAACGUGCUCCACUCUGUUCUAAAGCCCGACAUGACACUGAGCUGAAACAAAGAUAAUGUGUCAUCGAACUUAAUCAGCCUGUCCUGUUUUCAAAUCUUUGUCUGCACUAUUGUACAUAGAUCACAUUGUUCAUGUGAAACAUGGCUCUUUAAAGAUUGAUAAUUCCAUCCAAAGAUGUGUACUACUUCAAAGACUUGAAUAAGAUUUGUUUUAUUGUUUAUGAAAACUAUGAGUGUUUUAUGGAGAUGUAAAAUUCUGAUAAAAUCAACAAUCGCUUUAGCUGUAUAAGCUUGUGUUUACUGCAAGAUCAAGCUGAAUUUUUCAUAUGCUUUUCAGUAAUGAUUCAUGUACAAAGCUGUUUGGAAUUAUCUGAAUUGAAAUGGGAAAAUAUUUUCUUGCUAUUUAUGCAUAUUUAAAUGAAUGAGCCUUGGCUAUAUUUUGCAAAUCUGUUUUAUAAAGACACUAAAUGUUCAACUUUG